CCGGAAGUGACGUUGUUUAUUUUGAAAAUUCAUGGCGCUGAGUAAAAUCAGGACUUUUAAAACGUUAUCUGGAGUUUUCUAUUAGUUUGGUGUGAAAGCUGCAUUUCAACAUGAAGAGAGUUCAGAUAAAAGACACAGCGAUUCCCAGUUUGACAUCAAGAGCGACACAUGUCAAGAACGACACAGACAAUAAGAAGAACCAGCACAGGACUCUAAAAGUCCCAUCUACAAGAUAUGGGCAACAGAAUGACAUAAGGGAGCAGAAUAAAGUUCUGACGGCAACAAAUGAAGACCUGCAGAGGCAGCUUGAAGAAAUGAAGGAAACUGUGACUGAACUGGAGCAGCGAUGCACAGACCUCCAAGGAGAAAAUCGAGAAAUUCAAAAACAGCUGCGAGACUGUCAUGUCCUCCUUGUUGCGGAAAACUUGGACCCAGUUUCAGGGGAAAAGUUGGGCCAGACAGCACAACAGAAAGAAGAACAAAGAAAAGAAGUUAUGACGGUUUCUCAAAAUCUCCUGACUGAGCUGAAACUGUUUGGUGAGACAGCAGAAGACCAUGCAGCAAAUUUACUGGAAGUGCAGAACAUCAUGAGGGACCUGACGGAAGCACAUGAAAAGCUCCAGCAGGAGAGGGCAUUGUUCACUUUGGAUGUGGAGGAAAUGGAGAGAGCUCUGGGAGAGGCAGAGAGACUCUUGAUUGAAUAAAUGAAAGAAACUCUUUCACUGGCCAUAAAUACUGCAGUGCCAUAUGGUGUUGUUCUGAGAUCUGUCAGUCUGAGAACGAGAAGCAUUUGGACAAAAGUGGAACAUACUGUUGCAUUCAAAGGAACAUACAGCUCACACCAUUUGAAGAAACACAUUUUUAAGAAUACUUUUUUUUUUUUUUUUUUUUUCUUUUUUUUUUCUUUACAUACAAAGUGUUUGUCCGCUUACAAGUUAAGAUAUUAAUAUAAACUUUUCAUGUAGCUGUAAAACUGCAAAGCACUUCUUGAAUGAUGCUGACUAUGUUGUUUUCAUUUGUAUUCUUUGUGCAAAUAUGACCUUAAACAUGAUUAAAUGUUAAUCUGGUUCAACAAGA